AUGCCAUCCAGUCACAAACCUUCCAGAACACCAACCAGUCACAAACCUUCCACCACACCAACCAGUGACAAACCUUUCACUACACCAAAUAGUCACAAACCUCCCACACCACCAACCAAUCACAGACCUCCCACCACACACCAGCCAGUCACAAACCUUCCACUACACCAACCAGUCACAAACCUCCCACCACACCAACCAGUGACAAACCUUCCACCACACCAAACGUCCAUACCACCAACCAAUCACAAACCUUCCACCACACACCAGCCAGUCACAAACCUUCGAAAACACAAACCAGUCACAAACCUACCACCACACCAACCAGUCACAAACCUCCCACUACACUAACCAGUCACAAACCUCCCAUACCACCAACCAAUCACAAACCUACCACCACACACCAACCAGUCACAAACCUUCCACCACAUCAACCAGACACAAACCUUCCACCACACCAACAAGUGACAAACCUUUUACUACACCAGCCAGACUCAAACCUUUCUCUACGCCAACCAGUCACAAACCUAUUAACACACCAACCAGUGAUAAACCUUCCACCACACCAUCCAGUCACAAACCUUCCACUACACCAACCAGUCACAAACCAAUCACCACACCAACAAGUCACAAACCUUCCACCACAGAAGCCUUCACAGACCUACCACCUCACCAACCAGUCACAAACCUCCCACCACACACCAGCCAGUCACAAACCAUCCACAACACAAACCAAUCACAAACUUUCUACCACACCAGCCGGUCACAAACCUUCCACUAUACCAGCCAAUCCACUAUACCAGCCAAUCACAAACCUACCACCACACCAGCCAAUCACAAACCUAUCACCACACCAGCCAGUCACACACACACACACACACACACUGGGAUCUAUAUAAUUAAUAUACCAAGUUGUGAAUAG